AUGCCCGAAGAUGCCAACGAGACUCGCCAGUGUGACUACCUGGCGGACGUCAAGCUGGACCGUGACUCCCGGGAGGGCAUCGACAGCGCGGCCAUCAACCUCAACAGCUAUACCACGUCCCAGGCGCUGCAGGCCAUACUGAUGGGAAGCCUGGACAAGCGGACGGGGACCGUCUACGGGCCGCCGGGCCAGAAGAAGUGCAUCUUCUUCGUGGACGAUCUGAACAUGCCCUACGUCGACGCCUACGACACCCAGGCCGCCAUCAUGUUGCUGACCCAGAUCGUGUCGUACAAGCAGGUCUACGACCGCGCCCACCUCGAGGAGAAGCGGAACCUCGUGGACAUAUUGUUCACAGCUUGCAUGAACCCCAAGGCCGGCUCGUUCAUGAUCAACGCGCGCCUGCAGCGGCACUUCACGGUGCUGACCGCUCACUCGCCCAGCGCCCAGAACAUCGCCAGCAUCUACGGCAAGAUUCUCGGCAGGCACUUGGAGGGCUUCGACGCCAUGGUGCGCAAGUCCUCGGACACGAUCGUGAUGGCCACCGGCGACAUCCUGACCGCCAUCCAGAACAAUCCCUGCUUCUUGCCCUCCGGGCAGAAGUUCCAUUACCAGUUCAACCUCAAGGACAUCUCGAACAUCUUCCAGGGCCUGCUCCACACCGAGAGCGCGAUGUUCAAGAAGGGCCUGCAGGACUUCCUCCGCGCGUGGGCCCACGAGGCGCAGCGGGUGUUCUGCGACCGUCUGGUGUCGCCGGAGGACCGGGCGGAAAUGCAGAUCAUCAUGGAGAAGGUCGCCUCGAAGCACUUCCUGGGGGCCGUGCAGACGAAGGACGAGCGAGCCAUUGUCGUUGGCGUGCGAGACCGUGAGCACUUCGGCGGCGCCUCGGGUGGCUUCAGGAUCUUCUUGCCGAGCGACGUGAUCAUCGGAAUCUGA